UUUACCCUUGUCACAUUAAAUCAACGGUUGAGAUAUACUCUCUAUCGCAUGGAACCAACGGCCGAGAUUUGGCCCCAUCUCUUCUCAAAGCCCUGAUAUUUUCUCCGCCCCCUCCUCUCUCCGGUCCUCUUCCCUUCCUGUGCGUCGUCUCCACUUCGUCAUCUUUCUCCGACUUCAUCGACUCCUCCGGCGCCGUCCACGACGAGCUCAGGUGAUCUUUUUGCGUUCAAAACAAUUUUUUCGCAGCGGAAAGAGUUUUCUCAGUAAGAUGCAAUGGAAGCAGAAGGGAUUUCUGGUGCACAGCCUAUUCAAGAUGAUCACACUCCUUUGUGGAAGUAUGUCACGAAGUUGGAGAAGAUGGGUAAAAGAGGGGGGAAUUGGCAGUGGAUGUGUAGUUACUGCCAUGAAGUAUUUACAUCCUCCUAUUCUAGGGUCAAAGCUCAUCUAAUGCGGGUUAGUGGGCAAGGAAUUAAAAUGUGCAAAGGUGUUAAGCCACAGAAUAUGAGAGACAUGCAAACUGAUAUGGAUCAAUCAGAAGCAAGGGUGAUGGCUUCUAUGCCUAGGAUAGUGACGCUGCCAGGUUCUUCAGCGUCAAGUACAGCAGUAGGAAGUCAAAGCAUGUCUUCUCGUCCAAGUGAGCCAAAGAGGAGGAGAGGAGUCACCACCGUUGAACAGGCCUUCAAUACAGGGGCAAUAGAUGAAUUGGAUUCAAUAAUUGCAAGGAUGUUUUAUACCGGUGGGUUGUCAUUUAAUUUGGCAAGAAAUCCUUAUUUCUCCAAGAUGAUCACAUAUGCCGCAAGCAAUUCAAUUGCCGGUUACAAGCCUCCAGGUUAUAAUUCUUUGAGGACCACUCUUUUGCAACGUGAGAAGGCUCACGUAGAGAGGUUGUUGGAGCCCAUCAGGGGCACAUGGAAGCAGAAUGGGGUUUCUAUUUGUAGUAAUGGCUGGGCAGAUGCACAGAGAAGACCACUGAUAAAUUUUAUUGCGGUCUCAGACAACGGGCCAAUGUUCUUGCACUGUGUGAAUGCUGAGGGAGAGCAGAAGAAUAAAUAUUUCAUUGCAGAGAAGCUUGAAGCUUGCAUUAGAGAGGUGGGGCCUCAAAAUGUGAUCCAAAUCAUUACUGAUAACACUUCGGCAUGCAAGGCCGCAGGGGCAAUUGUGGAGGGCAAAUUUCCACACAUCUUUUGGACUCCAUGUGUUGUUCACACCCUCAAUCUUGCCCUUAAGAAUAUUUGUGUUGCGAAGAAUACAGAAGCUAAUGCAAUUGUUUAUGCAGAGUGCAGCUGGAUUACAAAGGUAUAUGAUGAUGCUUUGAUGAUUAAGAACUUCAUCAUGAAUCACUCAAUGAGGUUGGUUAUGUUCAAUGAGCAUUCGAAGAUGAAGCUUCUUUCAAUUGCUGAUACUCGAUUUGCUUCAUGGAUCGUCAUGCUAAAGAGGUUCACGGUGAUCAAGAGAAGCCUCCAAGAUAUGGUUCUUAGCGAUUGUUGGAGCUCGUACAGAGAUGAUGAUGUGGGAAAAGCACAAUUUGUUAAGGAGAAAGUGCUUGAUGAUUUGUGGUGGGAUAGGGUGGAUUAUAUUAUUGCUUUCACUGCUCCUAUAUAUGAUAUGAUUCGGCUCACCGAUACCGACGAGCCCAGCCUUCAUUUGGUAUAUGAUAUGUGGGAUACAAUGAUUGAGAAGGUGAAUGUUGUUAUUUAUAGACAUGAGAGCAAAAGAGAAAAUGAUCCCUCCUCAUUUUAUGAUGCCGUACACAAGAUCUUGGAGGAUAGAUGGAAUAAGAGCAACACGUCACUUCAGUGCUUAGCGCACACUUUGAAUCCAAGAUAUUAUCACGAGACAUGGCUCAAUGAGAAUAUCCAUCGGCAAGCACCCUAUCAGGAUGAGGAGAUCUCUUUGGAAAGGUCCAAGUGUCUGAGGAAAUAUUAUCCUAAUACCGAUGAACGGAGGGUAGUUAACUUGGAAUAUGCUAGAUUCUCGGCCGCUCUUGACACUUUUAGGGAUCCAAAUUCUCUUGCUGAUAGAGGAUUGAUGGAUCCAAAAACAUGGUGGGUGCUCUACGGAUCCUCAGCUCCAAAUCUUCAAGCAUUGGCCUUAAAGCUUCUAGGCCAACCAUGCUCAUCCUCUUGCUGCGAAAGGAAUUGGAGUACAUACUCAUUCAUCCACUCUUUGAAGAGGAACAAGAUGGCACCGGCAAGGGCAGAAGAUCUUGUGUAUGUGCAUAACAAUCUUCGUUUGCUUUCUCGGUCAUCCCAAGAAUAUCAAGAAGGAGAAUCGAAGCUGUGGGAUAUUGGUGGAGAUGCAUUCGACUCAUUUCAAGGUGUCGAUAUUCUUGAUGUCGCCACCUUGUCUCUUGAUGAACCCACCAUGGAGGCUGUAUUGUUUGAUGAUGAUGAAGGCAAUGAAGAAGUCAUCGGACUAGCUUCCACUUCAUCUUGAUGUAUUUUUUGUUUACAAACUUGUUAUUUUGUGAUUGAAUGAGUAGAGUAUGUACUCCAAUUCCUUUUUGUUUACAAACUUGUUAUUUUUUGAUAGAAUGAGUAUGUACUCCAAUUCGUUUUUUUUUACAAACUUGUUAUUUU